CAGUCGCCAGUCGGUUCACGUUCUUCACUUCUACGGUGUUCGCCAAAGAGACCAGACGUAAUCGCUGCUGCGAGCAGAUUCGGUCGAGUUUGUUUUGUUCUGAGUGUUCUAAGAGGGGAAAAGAAUCCCUUGCCAGCAUCCCUGUGGUUGGUGUGCAGCAGGCGGAGGCGUACGCCAGCUAGUGAUCCAUCAUCAGUCGUAGCGUUCUUGUGUGUUGCUCUGAGUAGCCGCCGCCAGGACUAGGCCGGUCGCAGUAGAGUAGGCGCGAACGCGCGCGUGUGUGUAUUUCAACGUUUGCUUUGAUAAAGUGCAUAUAAAGUUGUGUUGUUAGUGAUCGACGACGAGGAGUCGCGCGCGGCUGAAGCAUCUACCAAACAAAGUUUUUAAGUGAAUCGGACCAAGGGACACUGAUAUCAGCGAGUGAGUGAGUGAGUUGGUGAUAGUGCGAGCCGGAUUAAUUAAUGAGCUGAACCAUGCUGAGCCUACCGAAGAACAUCGAAAACAUCUGCCGGCUUUGCCUGACGGAGUCCGUGGAUGGAAGUGAUAUGUUGCCGCUGUUUCCGGUGCGCGGAGGGAAUCCCUACGCCCCGAAUACGGUCGUGUCGAAGAUCCUGCUGUGCACCUCGAUAAAGAUCGAACACCACCAGGGUGCUCCGACCAUCAUCUGCGAGUACUGCAACGCCCGCCUCGAAGACUGGCAAACCUUCCGGGAGCAAUGCGUCGGAACGGACGAGUAUCUCAAAGCCAACUAUCCUCGCAUUUUUUGCCCGGACGAAGCCAAAGCAGAGGAAAUUAUCAAACAGCAAACACAACUGUAUCAAAAUCAACAACAGCUACAACAUCAGACGCGGUUUCAAGAACAACAGCAACAGCGUCAACAACAGCAACAACAACAGGAGCAACAACAGCAACUGCAAGCUCAGCAGAAACAUGCUCAAGAGCAGCAACAGCAAUUCCUCCAACAGCAGAAACUCCAGCAGCAGCAACAGCAGGAAUUCUUCCAGCAGAUGACCGAUCUUCCGCCGCAGUCCGAAGAUGACAACGGAAGUUUCCUGUUCGGCGAGGAGGUGAACCCCGAGGACAUGAUGGACCCGGAGGACCAAUUUUACGACGACGAACGGGACGAGACGGAGCAGGAAAGUCUGAUCCAACAGUUGAAUCGUACCAUCCGAGUUCCCAAGUGGUCCAAGGAAUUUGCUGCCAAACUGAACUCGCUAUUGCACGUGGUCGGCGGAGAAAGGCCGCAUCAGUGCAAGGUUUGCCGCAAGCGGUUUCUCCGCAGGCCACACUGCCGUCGCCACGUGGCCCAGGCUCACGUGGCUGUGAUCGAGAGUGUGAAGCUGCCGAAAAAUUGGGAGCUGACUGCCGGGCGGCGGUUCGUGUUUGCCCGAGAGCCGGUUCAGAAGGUAAUGGAGCCGGUUCCGCCAUCUCCCCCGCCCCGAGAGGAACACUACGAACCCAGCUUGGAGCGCCCUCACCAGUGCGAAGUGUGCAAGAAAUGCUUCAAACGAAGCCAGCACUUGCGGCGCCACCGGACGUCCCAUCUGCAGAUCGAAAUCGAUCGGUCGGAAAUCAUGAGAGGAAUCACCGAACAGCAGCGCGCGCAACAGCAACUGCACACGCUGACCAACCUAAAUCAUCCCGAGAUGGAAAUUCCACUUACCAACGGAAACGGCCCCCACGGUCAAUCGAUAAAGGCGGAAGAUGACGACGACGACGAUGUGAUUGCUCUCUCCGAUGACGACGAAGACAUGGGCGAGGAGAUUUCACCCGAAGAGUUCAUCGGCGGUCAAUUCACCCAGGACAUCGCUCCCGCCGAAAUCGUACCGGAACCACUGGAACCCCCGAAACAGCCACGUCUAUCGGACAUCCCGCACAUUUUCUACGGCAGCGAAGACGACGACGAAGACGAAGAAGACGAACGCCAAUUCAUAACCAAAAACGGAACCAUCCGGAAGCGAGCUCCACCGAUGCCUAAACUGCCCGGCGAAAGACCCUACCAGUGCCGCAAGUGCAAGAAACUGUUCAAACGCUCCGAUCAUCUCAAGUCCCAUCUGAAAACGCACCGAAAGGAGACCGACUACCAGUGCGACUGGUGUUUGAAGGGAUUCCGCUAUCGGCAGAACUAUCUGAUCCACGUGAAGAACAAGACUUGCUUCAAUACGGAUAAGGGACUGUUGACGGGACAUCCCAUGUCGAAUCCGGUGUCCCAUUCCGGGUCGUCGAGGAGCUCGUCGCGUGACAAUGACGAAGUGCUGGGGGAUUAGAAAGGGAGGAGGAACAGUGCCAUUGAGUUUUGAUAUACAAAGAUGCAUACUUUAAGAGAUAAUAGUCAUUUUACAAAGCAGAUUUAAAAGAUAGAUUUAAGAAGUAUGUAAAGUACAUUCUCGAUAUAGGAAGAGAAAUCACUAAGCAGCGUGAUUUUUAUCUACUCAAACAAGCCAUACUCGAAUGUUAUUUCAUAAGAACAAUGUAUUUAAAUAAUAUGCUAAAAGAGUAAACAAUAAAUCUCGGAACGUUACAUAACA